AUGUCGAACAUUUUGAUAAAUAACCAAAUUUUGGGAAAAAUGGGAUGCGUGAUGUCUUGCCUUAAGAAAAAAGAACCCGAAGAUGUAGAUACGCCUUUAAUUUUAGAAGACAUAACCUCAAGCAACAAUACCACACAAAUUUAUUCUUCGCAUCUUUCGCCGAAUGACUUCAAAAUUGAAAAAGUCAUAGGGAAAGGGUCAUUUGGAAAAGUUUUAUUAGUGACAAAAAAAGAUACAGGGAAUUAUUAUGCUAUGAAAGUGUUGAGAAAGCAGCUGAUUGAACAGAAAAAACAGAUCAGCCAUACUUUGGCUGAGAGAUAUAUUUUGGAAGGGGUGAAAUCGCCAUUCAUAGUGCAGUUGAGAUAUGCUUUUCAGACUUCUGAUAAGCUUUAUGCUCAUUUUAGCUGAAUUUUUUCAUUUAUAAUAGGGAUUUUAAGCUAUAUCAUAGAGAAAAUUAAAUUUUAGCUUCUAUUGAGCACAAUUAAUCUAUCCUAAUUAAGUAUACACCUUAACACCCUAAAAAGUUUAAAAAAAUAAAAAAACAAUAAUCAUAAUUUUAAUCAAAAAUUAUUCCAUGAUUACGAUUUUUUUUAGGAUAUAGAACUUGCAAAGCUUUAUAUGGUAAUGGACUAUAUGAAAGGUGGAGAAUUAUUUUUCCAUUUACGAAAAGAAGGUAAAUUUUCUGAAGACAGAGCAAAAUUCUAUGCCGCAGAAAUUUUAUUAGCUUUUGAAUCUUUACACAAUGCAGGAGUAAUCUAUAGAGAUUUAAAGCCAGAAAACAUACUUCUAGAUGUAGAUGGACAUAUAAAGCUCACUGAUUUUGGGCUCUCAAAGGUAACAGAUUCUGAUAAAAAAGCUUUUACUUUUUGUGGGACUCCAGAAUAUCUGGCACCAGAAGUACUCAAGAAUGAAGGGUAUGAUAAAGCUGUGGAUUUUUGAAGCUUAGGGGUGGUUUUAUAUGAGAUGAUUGCAGGUGAACCUCCUUUUUAUGCAGAAAAUAGGGUUGAGCUGUAUAAAAUGAUAUUAAAUACGCCUGUAAGGAUGAAAUCCAGGUUUUCUGCACAAGUAACAGAUUUAUUGAGAAAAUUAAUUGAAAUUGAGGUAAAAGAUAUGUAGGUAAGUCUUAGACUUUCGAAUGUAAAAGAAAUUAAAAAGCAUCCAUUUUUCCAAGGAAUUGACUGGGAUGCACUUAGUAAAUAUUCUAAUAAAAAAAUUACAUAAAAAUAAUUUUUUAAUGGAGAAAUUAGUAAAAAGGAAUGCCUGCUCCUUUUAAGCCAAAAAUUAUGAGCCCUUUAGAUACUCGAAAUUUUGACUCAGAAUUCACUAAUGAGCCUCCAGUUGACUCUGUCACAAAAAGUUCCUUAAUAGGUACUCAAAAUAACUUCAUCGGCUUUACCUAUCAAGAAGAAUCAUUGAAAUAG